AUGUCAAUCGACUCAACCUCUCCGUUAAAUACCGAUCCAAAUGCCCGUGUCUUCAGCUCUUCAUGCUUCGACUUCCUACUCAUAGAAUUGGUGCCAAUGGCCGAGCGCAUGGCAAGGGAACUUGCGACCGAGGGAAAGGAAACAGAAGACGAAGAGGUUAGAGAGACAACAUUCUUCCGUCUAGAGUCUUUGGGUUAUCGGGUUGGACAAGGUCUUGCGGAGCGCUUCGCCCGCGAUCGUCCUCGCUUUACCGAUAACCUCGACGUGAUCAAGUUUCUCUGCAAGGAUCUGUGGACAGUCCUAUUCAAGAAACAGGUGGAUAAUUUGAAAACGAACCAUCGGGGAGUUUAUGUUUUGACCGAUAGCGCGUUCAGGCCGUUUGGUAGGAUGAGCAUGGCGGUGCGGAGUGAAGCAAUAUCCAUGGCGCAGGCAUAUCUCUGGUUUCCUUGCGGUAUCAUACGGGGCGCAUUAGCAAAUUUGGGUAUCAACACGACGGUGCAGGCCGAGACCUCAGAUCUACCAGGUGCAACUUUCCAGAUCAAAACCCUCCAGCCUCGACCCUGA